ACACGCGCGCACGCACUUAGAAGAGGCAGACAGGAAGACGGAGAAACAACACACACCCACAUUCAGCAUCCUUUCAGAGCAGCUUAGCAUCAGCAUCCAAGACUGUCCACCUCUGUCAGAUCGACAACAUGGCUGAGGGUUCGGGUGAAAUAUCAUUGGCAGAGGUUGAGAUGGCAUUUCGUAAAUUUGCUGUUCAUGGAGACACCAAAGCGACGGGGAAGGAAAUGAACGGGAAAAACUUUGUUAAGCUGUGUAAAGACUGUAAGGUCAUCGACGGGAAAAAUGUCACCAGCACAGAUGUGGACAUCAUCUUCAGCAAAGUCAAGGUUAAAUCAGCACGCGUCAUCACAUUUGAGCAGUUCACUCAAGCCAUGGGCGAACUGGCUACGAAGCGUUUUAAAGGGAAGAGCCAGGAGGAGGCAGUGCAGCUCCUGUACAGCCUCAUUGCUGGCAAAGAACCAACUAACAUUGGUGUCACUAAAGUGGCAAAAGCCUCAGCUGUGGAUCGGUUAACAGACACCAGCAAGUACACCGGCUCUCAUAAGGAGCGUUUUGAUGAGUCUGGAAAGGGAAAAGGCCGCGAGGGAAGGGCGGACAUCCCUGACUCCAGCGGAUACGUCUCUGCAUACAAAGGCCAAGGCAGCUACGACAGCAAAGUAAAAGAGGACGAAUGAAUGGAUGAAAGGGGAGGAAUGCUUAAUGCAUGACAUAAUGUGUACGUCUGAAGUCUUCCUGCUUUUAUUUCAGCUGCUAGGUCGUGGCUUGCCUGCAAAAGCAAACCCCUGGCAAAAAUCUUGCUCAAUAACUGUAGUUUUUUUUUCACUUUUAUAUCCGCAAUUACUUUUCAAUUAUAAUAUGCUGCUGUUAUAAAUACCCUUUGGUUUGUUUUGACGCUGGAUUUUUUGCUAUGUAGCAACUUGUCUGUCUGUCCAAACAUGCUAGCUGCUACACGGAAAACACUGAUUUAGAUCUAACUGAAUAUAUAUGAUAUAAAUACAUACCUUGAAUGCAAGUCAAUUUAAAACAAACCUGUCAAAUGUGUAAAUUAGUCAAAUAUGCAAACCAAAAACAUUCCUUUGUAUAUAAAAAACAGUUAAGGGGUGUUACAUUCUGUCAUCAUGUUAGUGAUUUUUCAUGUGGUAACAAGCAGUAGGGCUGCACGAUUCUGGCUAAAAUGAGAAUCACAAUUUUUUUUUGCUUAAAAUCAAGAUCAAGAUUUUCUCACAAUUCUGUAGAUGUAAAAUAAAGGUUAAUAUGAGUAGACUAUUAUUAUUGUUAUUUCACAAACAUAUGGUAAAACUAGAACAAUAAUAUUAGGUCUAUGCGUAGGUCUACUGUUGGUUAAAUGCUAAAUUUUGUAGACUUGGAAUAGUGGACUUGAACAGACUUUAAAUAUGUCCUGGACGUUAAUUCACAAUAAAGAGAAGACAUCAGAAUAAAAUUAUUCAUAAUUCUGAAGUUGAAUUAUGUUUGGUAAAAUGAAACAUUUGUCAUUAUCAGAUUGCCUCCUACACUAUAUUCAACAUUAUAUAGGCUAGAGUAGUUAUACUGACCCAGUAAACAUUUAAUUUCAUGCACAACACUUUGUGUUCGCAAUUAAAGAAAAAACAUAUCAAUUGCUUGUUGUAAUCCUAACUUUACAAUGCAAUAUGAUCAUGUAAAUGAUGUGUGCUUUGUGAAAAAAAAACUAAAAACAUAUAUGCAUACAUCAUUCGCUGCCACGCACAUCCUCUCGGUAGUAAACAAACAGUGCGUCAGCUCACGUGUGAUUUCGCGGUAGUGAAUACAUUGUUACAUUUGACAUUUUUGGUUGAAUUAUACCUUAUAAAUACAGGCUGCAUCCAAAAAUCACAUACUUUCAACUUAGGCUAUAUAGUAAGCUUAAAUCAGUAUGCGAGCCGAGUAGUAUGUUUGAAUUCAUAGAAUUCGAAAAACAGUAUGUAAUAAGUACCAGGAUGAGCUACUCUUUCCAGCGAGAUUCUGAAGUGCGCAUAUGAUGAUGACGCUACGCAUGAUGCCCCGCGAAAGCAUUCAUGAAUGGGAGUGAAGAUGCGGGUCGGUCACCUGUUGAUGACAAAAUGUCAGAUGUAGUACGUCCGAGUUCCAUUCAUAUUACUCACAUUCAUACAGUAUAGAAUGUACUUUUCUAACGGCCGAAUAGUACGUUUAAAUUUAAAUGCAGUACCUACUGUGUAGUAUGUGGUUUUGGACGCAGCCAGUGUGACACUUGCAACAUCAUUUGGAGGUGUCCACAUUGGUGAGCAACAUAUAAAAAACAGUGUGAAGACCUGUGCGACCUCCUUUAUACUUCUCCCGUACUUUAGAACAUAAUUGGCUGAAGAGAAGCUGAAUUAAGAUUGUGUGAGGGGGGUCGAAUCGAGAUCACAAUCUUUUUUCGAUUAAUCGUGCAGCCCUAACAAGAAGCUUGUUUUUUUCCCAUUUGCCUUUCAUAAAAUGUGCAUAUAAUUUAUAAGUAUAAAUAAAAACCAAAACUAAACCAUUAAAGAGAUAUUUCAUCCCAAAAUGAAUUAUUCAUUCUCACGUUGUUCCAAAAAUGUAUUGAUAAAAAAAAAAAAAAGAUAUUUCUGAUUCUGACAAAAUGGUCAAUAUAUUAUUUUUGUGAUUUGAACAAGAAAUAACGUUAUACAGGUUUAAAACAAAUUGACAGACCCCAGCAAACAAUUUUGUGUUUAAUAGACAUCUAAUAGACAUCUAAAUUUGAACAGCUUGGCUAAAACAAGGCUAAACUUGGGCUGUCAGUGAAAAUCUAACAGACAUCUCAGAAUAGGCCAAAACUAGACUAGUCGUCAAAUAGACAGAUUAGACAGACUUUAUAUUUGUAGUCAUUCAUUUCUGUUUAUUUAAUGACUAGACAAGUUUUAGCCUAUUCUUAGACGUCUAUUAGAUAUUUCUCUGACAGUCCAAAUUUAGCCUUGUUUUAGCCAAGACGACCAUGUUUAGCCGUCUAUUAGACAUCUUUUAAAAACAAAAAAUGCUUGCUGGGACUUUUCAGUUUUGGAAUAAAGUGUCAUUUUACUGCUUCCUUCUUUCCACUGAGGUUUAUAUACAUAUGCUGGCUAUUUGCUGAGCUUUAUUGUGUGCCUGUUGAGCUUCUUAGCUUUGUUGCACUGAGAUCUCUAUCAGACUGAACUGAGUCAAAUAAAGUCAAAUAAUGAAG